AUGGCUCAAUCUGGACCAAACAGCGGGGGUGACCUCUUCGACAUGGCCACGGAUGAAAUUAAAGUCCCCGAAAGCGCAGCAGAACCUAGAUAUAUCCCUUCCAAACCACGGCCCGACCAAGGAGCUUCCGCAUCCGAUCCAAAUGACCUCGGCGGGCAAAGUAUGGCUGAAGCAGCGACAAACGAGGGUGAUAUUUCAAGGACCACCCGAGACACCGCUCCUAACGACGUUCUUACCGGAACGGGAGACUCCCUUCCCUCUCAAGUCGACUCGAAGAGACUACACAGCGUGCCCGGAGGCGUGACACAUGAUCCCUCUACGAAGGGCUCGACAAGAAUGACAAAACACACGAAGCAGCAGUCAGAUUUUGUGACGGGGGCAUCAGAAGGUCCAUGGACAGACAGGAUUCCUGGUCAGGAAGGCAUAAGCGAUGAGGAAGCCAUGGACAAUAUUGAGCGCAGAGCAUGA